GUUUCCGCUCCCGCGUUGGAAGCCUGGUCGCGUUUCGCGUAUCAUCCAUACUUUUCUUGUUUUGCUAUUUCCAUUCAACAUGCUGUCAACUCGUCAGCAUUUCAGCUAGCGACGCGUGAUGGACGCAAUUUCCCAGGAGUGCAAUUUUGUUGACACGUUUUUUUUUUCGUUUGUUGUUGCGGACAGUGCGACAAUCUGGGUCGAUUCGUGUGCGUGCUAUUGGUUUCAAUCACUAGUCGAAUAAAUAACGUUAUAUUCUGAGGGAAAAAGUGAUCAGUGCGAAGGAUUUUUUUGUAGGUGUCAACUGGCAGUUGAAAAGCAAUAGUUGAAAGAAAAUGGCACUGAAAAUUCCAUUCCUGCUGACGGUUUCCGUUUUGUGGCUCUACUGGCUGAAGGUGCCGGACGUGGCCAACUCGUAUGCCUCGGUUACGUGUCACAGCUUCCAGCAGAUCGGAUGUAACGUUUUGUACGACUUCGUGACCCACAGCGCCGUGCUGGAUAAGUGGUUGAGUGUGGUAUCAUUCGUGGCCAGCGACCAGCGCCCGCUCGGGGUUGGAAAAUCCUACAAAGUAAUUAUGGAUCAAUCCGUUCUGCAUUUCAAUGUGACGGAAUACGUUGCGGGUCGGCAUAUAGCGUUGGAAUCGGCCCCGAGUUCGUUUCAUCCGCGAGUGGAAUUUUGGUUCCACGCAAACAAUUUAAUGUCCAAAGUUCCUCUGUUCAACCCGGGACAACCGUCCAUCGAUCGGAGUUCAUCCUUGCCGGUGGUGCCAAUGGUCGACCGGUGUGGAACCGCAAAUGUCAUUAGCGGUGAGCAGCUGAAAUAUCAUCACCAUCGUCAGCGUCAUCAUCAUGACCAUCAGCACCGGCUUCGGCCAGCCGAGGCAGACUGCCAGACCAGCGCCGGCAGCAGUCUCAGUUUAAAGUUUUAUUUCAAACAUAACUCACUUUUAUUUCAGGAAACACUGGGAUCACUGUUGCGGCUCACUCUACAGCAACAAUUUAGAAGAUCACUUCGGCACCUGGAGUUGAUUUUGAACGAUUUGAACGAUCAUCGGUUGUUCUAGAGGGAUUUUUCCUAAAUCCAUUCGGCCAGCGGGUUUUCCGUCACUCUUUGAAGCCGCUGCCAAAGAGGACCUGCCAUCGCAUUGAACAGUUGCUGCAGCAGAUCGGAUCCACUCUAGUGGAGGGAAUGUUUGUUUCUAAUAUGUAUAAAAAACAUAAUGUUGAAGAGCAGAAAAUACAGACCUUGAAAAAGUUU